AAUGGAGAGUGACACGCAGAGACUCAAACUGAAGAGAGAAGUGGGGAUUAUAGGAGGUGUGUCAUUCAUUACUGGGACCAUGAUAGGAUCUGGGAUUUUCAUAUCCCCCCAGUUUGUGCUGUCUGCCAGCGGCAGCCCCGGGGCCAGCUUGGUUAUAUGGACCUGCUGUGGGUUGAUAUCCAUGCUGGCGGGGCUCUGCUAUGCUGAACUGGGCACAGUCAUACCAGAGUCUGGAGGAGAGUUUAUCUACAUUGUGCGGACAGCCGGAAAAGUGGUGGCCUUUAUGUUUGUCCUCAGCUUCAUCGUUGUCAUGAAGCCUGCCAGUGCCACAGGAGUUGCCCUGAGUUUUGCUGAAUACGUCGUGGCCCCCUUUUACAGUGGCUGCUCCCCUCCACAACUGGUGUUGAAGCUGGUGGCUGCAGGAGCUAUCAUGGUGCUGACCGCAGUCAACUGCCUGAGCGUCCGCUUGGCCACCGGCAUCCAGGUGGUUUCUAUGGUAGUCAAAUUGCUGGCACUGGCCGUGAUCAUAUUGGGAGGUGUUGUGAUGCUUUUCCAGGGACACACUGAGAACUUUGAUAACUCCUUUGAGGGAACCAAUGUGGAUGUCAGCUCCAUGGGCAUCGCUUUCUAUCAGGGCUUGUGGUCCUAUAGUGGAUGGAACACUUUGAAUUGUCUAACUGAGGAGCUGAAAGAUCCAGAAGUGAAUCUUCCCAGGGCGAUUGUGAUCGGCAUUUCUCUGGUGACUGGCUUAUAUCUGCUGGUGAAUGUGAGCUACCUGACGGUAAUGACGCCGAGAGAGCUCAUGUCCUCCAGCGCAGUAGCAGUAACCUGGGGGAAUAAGAUGCUAGGAAGCUGGGGCUGGAUCAUGUCUGUGGCUGCAGCAUUGUCCGCUUUUGGUUCACUGAAUGGGACGUUCUUCAGUGGUGGCCGUGUGUCCUUUGUUGCUGCCAGGGAAGGACACCUGCCAGAUAUUCUGGCCAUGGCUCACGUCCACAGACUGACCCCAUCUCCAGCCCUGAUCUUCACCACUAUUGUCUCUCUUCUGGUGCUGAUCCCUGGAGACUUCCAGAGCAUUGUCAACUUCUUCAGUUUCACUGCCUGGAUUUUCUAUGGCAUCACCCUGUCUGGACUACUCUAUCUAAAGAUCAAGAAGCCGGAGCUCCCGAGGCCAUACAAGGUUCCCAUCAUACUCCCCAUACUGGUCAUCAUUGUGGCAGUAUUCCUUGUGCUGGCACCCAUCAUAGACGAUCCUCAGAUUGAAUACCUCUAUGUGACUUUAUUUAUCCUCAGUGGAGCUUUAUUCUACAUACCCCUCAUCCAUUACAAGCUCUGCCCGGGGCUGUUGACCAAGUUAACAGUAUUCCUGCAGCUGUUGUUAGAGGUCGCUCCAGCAGAGAAAAACCUGUGAUUUGGGCAGAAGAAAAGUUUUUUUUUUGUUGUUUUUCUUGUUGUUUUUGCAAUUGCACUCAUGAAACAUUGCAAUUUACAUUUAAUAGCAACUUAGUAUUACCUCCCGUUUCUCAUUAAAGGUGCAAUGUGUAAGAUUUGGCCAAAUGUUAGUUUAAAACCUUCAAAAAAAUUAAAUUAAUUAACAUUAUCAACAUAAUGUGAAGAGAUUGACAUCAUGUCAAAGACAUGAGUGCUGGAAGUAGGGGGGCAAAGGGCCAUUGGCCCCCCUAC